AUGCGCCUAAUGCUCAGAGAUGCCAUGCUCCGGCUCCGUAACGAUGGCUUCAGCAUCCUAGCCCUCGCUAUGAAGGUGAAGUUCCACGUUGUGCCAAACCAUUUCUUGCCGACAUUGGAAAGAGGCAAACUGUUGCUUAUCACAACCUUUGGUGCGAGUAGAGGGUUGACCUCGGCACCGAUGAUGAUGAACUAUGUGAGGAUUAAGGUGUCGGACGUCAUCCGCAACGUCAAGAUCGUGGUGCACAGUGUGUACUUUCCAUUUCCACAUAUUAUUCUUGUGGUUGUGGCUUACGACAGUAGCCUAGGAGACUCAGAAGUCUCAGGAGGAGAUCAGACGAUGGAAGGAACAUGUGCUGCUCUGGAUGGGCAUAAGGUUGUGGUGAGUCCUCGAUGCCUCAGGUCAAGCCAAUGGUGGAGAUCGUAG